AUGGAUCUGGCUUACAAUGCGUCAUCAUCGUCAACGUCGCCGCCGACGUCGCUGUCGUCGUCGCUGCCGCCCGUCUCCUUCAGUUUCACAAACACCGCCAAGCUGCCAAUCGAAACGGUUAAGCGGCUCAUUGCGGCCGUCUCACGUCGUCCAGUGCUCUGGUUGCGAAAUAACGUAAGCGGCCAGAAGCGUAGCGAUAUUACGCCCAUUUGGUUUGAUGUUGGCAAGGAUGUUCAUCUGCCAGCUGACGUUUGCCGGGUGAAAUGGGGCCACUUGCGGGACAAUUUCCGUAAGGUUUACAUACGGAACAAUCUGUCGAAUGAGUCGCCAUCCUCGUGGCGCUUCUACAACGAUAUGCGUUUCAUGGAGCACGCCGUCCACGAGAAUAUUCUGAGGCAGGCGAGAACACGAGGAGGCGGAGGUGGGGGCAAGAAGCAUUUGCCACCUGGCCAUUGGACGGAGAACAAUAAUCUGAUGCUGGACGAGAGCAGCAGCAGCAAAUACGAAUCGAUUGUGGUGGCAACGGAGCCAAUCUGUGAGCUGAGCGACAGCUACGACUCCGAGCUGCAUCAGCCGAGCUUCUCGGACAUCAGUUCGUUCUUCGAGGAUGGCGAUUGCAAGCGCAUCAAGCUGGAGCAGAGCACUAGCAAUGGCAAUGAUGAUGGGCAUAGCCUUAAGGAUGAGGAGCUGAACGAUGAUGAUUUCGACGAGGAUGCCGCCUCCGAGAAUGAGGAGGCAAACAAACAUGAUGCCGCCAAUGGCACACCUGAUCCCAGUGUCUUCACCAUCGAAGUGCUCGACGAUGAUGACGAGGAACAGGCGCAAAUGGAACUGGCAUCCAGCUGCAAACAGACCAAUUCCAAUCCAGAUCAACGCUCCAACAGCAGCAGCGUGAAAAGCGAACCGGAAACAAAGCCACAACAAGCAGCAGCUGCAGCAGUUGCAACUGCCUCCGAUUUGCCCUUCAAGUACAUCAGCAUGGAUGCAGCGACGAACACGGAGUCGAGUUGUGGACAGGAUUCACAGGACGAUGCCGAUCGCAUGUUUCUGCUCAGCCUGAUGCCGUUUCUGCAGCGCUUGGACGAGCGUCGCAAGCUGCGCGUGCGCCAGAAACUGCAAAAUGUCUUAAUCGAGGAACUGGAAUUUGGCUAAUACGCAUUAUCUAUGAUUAGUUAGUUAGUAUUUGUAGUUAGUAUUUUAUAAGCUUAGCUUACAGUAUUAACGGUAACAUUUUAUAAGUAUCCGACUGAAACAGAAACUUAACAUAACAUAAUGAGUGCACUUCUCAACAUGAUUGAAUUGAGCCUGUUAGCUUUAAGCUCACCACAGCUAAUCUCUUCUAAAGUGUGGGACUGAAGAAUGCAUAGAAGAACAUAAUGUCAGCCUUAAAUUCACAGCUAAUGUCUUCUAAAAUAUGCGACUGAAAGUUACAUAACAUAAUGUUAGCACACUUUUAAACAGGAUCAACAUGAUUUUAUUUUUAAAUUCACUACACAUAAUCUCUUCUAACAUAAUGUAUAACAGUUGCAUUCAUACAUGCCCAAGUGUCUCAUCUAAUGUAAUGUAUAACAGUUACACAUGCACAUAUUUUGCAAGUGUGCUACCAUGAUCAAGAUGAUUUAAUUUUGCAUGUGAACUGAAAGUUCACCACACAUAAACCAUAAUGUAUAACAGUUACACUUUCAUUUUCAUGACAUUUACAAGGAGUGCUAUCAUUAUGCGACCAGGAGUACUUACACACAUUAUUACAUAGAAUGUAAUUAGUAGCAUAACAGACAAACACACACACAUACAACAUAUGUAUACAUAAAUAGCUGUUCAACAUGAAAGCCGACAACAAGCAGAAUAAUUUAAAAAAAAAGGAUGCCUGUGCACGUUUACCUGUUACCUGUGCUAUCGGCGCACCUGCGCGCUCUACCUGAGCCGAAGCCAAAGCCCGAGUCUUAGUCUGAAAUUCCAUGAACACGAAGUGCAAUUCGUAGCUGCUGUUAUUAAUGAUUCGCUAGCUGCCAGAUGAAUUGGCCACGGCUGAGAGACCGUUUCGAUUGAAAAUUUUAAGCUGAGAAUUUUUGUCAGUGCAGCAGGGCAAGAGAUGAAAACAAGUUCCUUAAGGGUGUUGUUUCUGGCGACGUCAACAACAACAACAAGAACAACAACAGUAACAAGAAGAAGAACAAGAAAGCAAGCAGGCACCGCCAUAACAACAACCACCACCGGCCGUAUUUUCGCGCCACCGCCACAUGCGCCGUUAGUGAGCUUGUACUCUCUCUCUCUCUCGUUCUCUUUUGCUUGGCCUCUCAGUGUGUGUGUCAGUACUUUGAAUUCAAUGCCAAUGCGACUUACGAAUGCUCUACAAAUGCGUUUGCUCUGUUAAUCUCAGAGUGAUUUUUAUGCAACUUUGAUGCUUUUUUUUCACGAUUUAUGCUUUUUUAUACAAUCU